AUGUUGCUAUCUAAACACGAAUGCCAACGGCCAUAUGACUCUACCUCCACUGCUGCUGGUGGCAUUGCCACUCUGGCCAUCGAACAAUCAAGUGUGGAAGAACGCCAAGGACAGCACAGACACAGACAUAGCCAAGAGCAAGGGCAAGUACAUCAGCAACAACAACAACAACAGCAAGGAGCCCAACGUAGUCCAUUGCCAUCGUCAUCAUCAACCCUAACAUCCGGUGAAGCUCUUACGCUUCGCGUGGUAAAUCCUUUAGACAACUUGACGACACACCAACAACGAGGCAUACGAGAAGGCAACGUGAGUGAGCGGAAUCAAUUUGCUAAUCGGGUGUUGUGCCGAACUCCACCACCAGUCUACGAUUCACUGCCAGCCACACCACCACCCUCUUAUACGCCGCAUAGGGGUGUGGAUGUGGGUGUUGCUGGUGGGGCUACAGCUGAUGGUGGUGUGAUUCUAAACGCUGUUGCACAUAAUCCAGAGAUCUGGCAACAAUGUCAACCUUUCAGCGCUCAACUGGGCCCUAAUGCCGCAGAUUAUCGUGAAGUUGUGUUGCCGGCAAAUAGUAUUGGAUAUCAUCAACAGCAACAAAGACAGCAAUUAGUGCAACAUAGUGAGAAUGUGGCGGCAACAGUUGAGCAGCAAGAGCAACAGCAAGAGCGAUUACUUGAAGCACAUUUGCAGCUUGGAGAGCAACAACAGCAGCAGCAACAACAACAAUUGCGCCGUCGCAGGCGUUUACAUUUGCUGCAGCAACAGCGUCUAUCGAAUAUUAACGCCGCAAGCACAGACAGCACCAGCAGCAGCAACUGCAGCUUUGACUAUAGGCACAACAACAAUUAUCAUUUUAACAGCAGCAAUCAGCUCGGCGGUAGCAGCAGCGAUAGCGAGGCUUAUGCUCGUUUGCCAGUUGGUAGUGAACGACGCCAACAGUGCCGUCAAGAGCGUAUUGGCCGCGGCUUAAGAGAUGCCUAUUGCCCUGACUUGCUACACGCCUGCUCUCUUAUCCUUCAUCAACAUCUCGAACAGCCGAUUGAAGCCAAUGACACUAGCGACAGCUCAGUGAGCAAUUUUACGCCUACGCCACCACCUCGCACCCAAAGUCGUUGCUCAACAGAUUAUGUGGAAAUAGAAGGAAUCCGUCCAGUGACUCGCGAUCGGGAAGCUGAACUAUUUAGAGAGCUCCAGCCUGGUAGUUGGCAGAUUCAGGUUGCUCGAGCGAUUAGCACACCUGAACUAGUCUGUAGGAGCGAUGUUGGCGCACCGUUAAACGUGGCAUGCGUUGAAAGCCCAGACGUCGAGUACCAAAGAUUAAUAAAGAAUUCAACUCAACGGGACAUGGGUCAGAAUUUGAGCCUACGCCGGCCGCGUAUCUCACUGACUUGGGUAUUAAGAGAGCAACAACAACAGAGCCAACAGCAACAACCAAACGAAGUACAAACGCUAACGAAUGAUGGUGACGACGAACCGGGUACUACGAAAAAACUCGGUAAUGGCACAGCCGAAACACCGAAUAAUAAUAACGGUUGUGUGAUUGGUACGGCCGAACCGAAGCAACGCACCGAGGUGGUACCGACACAGUUGACCACCACGUCGACUACAAAUACGGCUACUACUACAACAACAACCACAACAACGAAACGAUAUCGUCUAAAACAAUUGCCCGGUAGUAAUGAUCCACUAAACGGGUAUGCUACCACGCCCACCGCUUACAUGCCGGCUAAUGCUUUGGCACCACAAAAAUUUUUCAGCAAUCAAAAUUUGCUGGAAUACAGGGAUAAGUCACGUGCACCCUCCCGCGAGCUAUUAUUCGUCUGUACACCACAACGACUGCCGAAGAGUUACGAUACCAGCGACGCGCUUUCAUUGGCCAAGAAACGCAAUGAGAUACGUAAGAGGCUGGCAUCUAAGAUGGCAACAUUGCAGGCGAACGGCAGAGCCAAGGCGGAUGGUGCUGAGGCAAAUCAAUUGGCGAAAAAUGGUUGCGCGUCGGUAGCAGCAUCGGGUGCGGCCAACACCAAUUGCGUUGUUUUGGAAAAGGAUGAGCUAAAGUCUUUGAAAGGCACUUACUCCGAACCAAGUCUAAUAGCGGCAUCGGACGGCCAUCAACGUCGACACCGGCAUCGCAAACGACGCGAACGCAAUCGUGGUCCAAAGUUCGGUUACGAGAUUAGCAAUGUGGAUGAGUUUCUCUCGAAGUGUUCGCUAGCUUCGCCCGGCAACAUACCGGUCGUAUUAUCGACACCCAGUACUUUGUACCAAACGCGGCCAGGGCAACAUCAAAUCGAAAUUCCACUACCACUGGGCAUGGUCGUGAAUGCGGUUUUCAAAAACCAAAAUUGGUUAUAUGUACAAACGCCACACGCGGAAGAGGGUUAUGUUGGCUAUUCCUGUUGUCUGCCCCUCGGCAUACUACCGCCCAGCGCGCGUAGCGCCAGCACGGGCAACAACAAGCCAGCACCCUGUUGGGAGUCCAAUGGCGAUAUAUUUCCUCGACCUGGUGGCAAUAUGACCGAUUCCGAAAAGGAGAUACGACUACGCGGUGGCACACGUUCCGAUGGCGCACGUACGCCACGCGGCAAGCGCGGCGAUGCAGUCGGCACCGACGGCGAUACGAAAAAUGGCAAUACCUCAAUCGUUUCCGCCGCUGCCUCCACUUGCGGUGAACAUCAGGUGGAUAGUUUGUAUUUACGCGCAGCAUCACAACCGCGACUAGUCGAAAAGGCAUACGCACAGCUCAAAUCCACCAAACAGGCGCUGGCUUUGCGCAACAGCGGUAACGAUGAAUACGUCACGCUCCAACAGCAGCAGCAGCAGCAGCAGCAACACAAGUCAAAGUUGCAUGUGCAGAAACAUAUGCAACAACAACAACAACAACUACAGCAGUUGCACCAGAAGCACCUGAUCACUGGGCCGUACAUCACGAACGGCCACAACGGUCAACACCUUCAUCCAAAGAACGCGAACAUUUCGACUAUGGGUAGUGUUUCGCACGCUGCUAGCGUUGCCUCUGUGUCGCAUACCGCCAGCUUUGCGGCGAAGACUCCAAUCAACGGGAGCCUGCACGACGCCAAUCAACAGCAAAACGCCGGCGUCUUACAUAUGGCCAGCAGAAAGCAGCAUGGCUUACGUCAAACGCUUGUCGCCAUCAAUACUGAUUACUCCACCGACAGCAUUGUGCUGCACAAGGGCGAAAUAGUAACGCUUUGUGAGUGUCGUGAGUCCAAAGAUCAUCAGCAGUGGUUCUACGUGCGCACUCGGGAUGGGCGUGAGGGCUACAUACCAGCCGAAGUGGCCGGCCACGGCUACUUGUAGGCGCGCAUCGGAUUCACGACCACUUUUUGCAUACUAAUCAUUUAAAUAUAAAAGAAUUUUCUAGUUGUAAGUUGCACACUCAUUCCAGUCGCUUAGUCUGUAGCAGCUUAAUACUUCUUAAUAUCAAUUAUGAAUAAAAGCAAAUCAAACAAAAAACAAAAGAAAAA